AUGAAUUCCCGUGAUAACGACGACGACGGCGAGGAGGGAGGAGAGGUCUUCCUCGACGAGGACGACAUACUCGAGGAGAUUCCCUUUGACGAGGAGGAUCUCCCUGAUGUCGAUGACGAUAUUGGAUCUGAUGGAGACGCCGAAGAACCCGAUGAUUCCGUUCACGUAUUCACCGGCCACACCGACGAAGUAUACGCAGUCAUGUGCAGCCCGACUGAUCCAGCCAUGGUGGCCACUGGAGGUCGGGACGACAAAGGCUUUCUAUGGAAAAUAGGGCGAGCAGAUUGGGGCUCUGAGCUUCAAGGCCACACCGACUCUGUCUCUGCCCUAGCCUUCAGCGCCGACGGCCAGCUUCUCUCAUCUGGUGGCCUCGACGGUCUCAUUCAAGUCUGGGAUGCCACCUCAGGCAACCGCAGGUGCGUGCUCGAAGGUCCUGGUAAGGGGAUCGAGUGGGUUAGAUGGCACCCCAGAGGCCACCUGGUCCUCGCAGGCUCAGAAGAUUCAACCCUCUGGAUGUGGAACGCCGACAAGAACUCCUACCUCAACGUGUUCUCCGGCCAUGGGGACACCGUCACCUGCGGGGAUUUCACUCCCGAUGGGAAAACCAUCUGCUCUGGGUCGGACGAUGCUUCUCUGCGGAUAUGGAACCCUAAGACGGGGGAGAACCUCCACGUUGUUGCCGGCCAUCCCUACCACACAGAGGGUCUCACCUGCCUCGCCAUUACUGCGGACUCUGCUGUGGCCAUCACCGGCUCCAAGGACGGCUCCGUCCACCUGGUGAACAUCUCCACCGGCAGGGUGAUCAACUCCCUGAUGAGCCACACAGAUUCUGUGGAGUGCAUUGGGCUUUCCUCGAGCCAUCCCUGGCUUGCCACUGCAGGGAUGGACCAGAAGCUGCUCAUAUGGGAUCUCCAGAGAUCUUCUCAGCGGUGCAGCUGCGACCAUGAGGAAGGCGUCACUUGCCUCUCAUGGCUGGGUGCCUCUCACUUCGUGGCGACUGGGUCUGUGGACGGGAAGAUCAGAGUCUGGGAUGGCCUCUCUGGGAACUGUGUGAAGAUCUUCCAUGGCCACACUGAUGUGAUCCAGUCUCUGAGCGUCUCUGCCGACGGGGAGCACCUUGUCUCUGCUUCACUCGAUCGCACUGCCCGCGUUUUUGAGAUCUCAGAAUUCCGAUAG